GGGGGGCGGGCGCGGUGGGCGAGCGGCGAUGACCUUAGCGACGAGUCCGCGAGCGGCGGCGCGGGAAGAGAAGAAGAGGGAGGAGGAGGAGGAUGGUUGCUGAGGCCCAGAGGAGCCGCCCAGUAAUGUCACCAUGAUGUCUCAUGUAAGUGAAAUGUGGUGCUAUCACUGGAAAUGGAAGCUGCAGCGCUGUCUCUGCUUGUUUACCACAUAUAUUUUAUGUAUGCAGCAAGCAGCUCACGGAUGCUAUGACUGUAGGAUCGUGCUAACUGACCCCUCUGGAGUUUUCACUUCUCCGUGCUUCCCCAGUGAUUAUCCCAACAGCCAAGCGUGCAAGUGGAUCAUCCGAGCACCUUAUGGAUUCAUCAUACAGCUAACAUUUGUUGAUUUUGACAUUGAAGAAGCUCCAGGCUGCAUUUAUGAUUCACUGACAUUAGACAAUGGAGAAAGCCCAAUGAACCUUUGUGGCAUCACUGCCAAAGGAUUAUCCUAUAACUCUACUGGAAAUGAAAUGAUUGUGUCAUUUAAAAGUGACUUCAGUAUCCAAAAGAAAGGUUUUAAUGCCAGCUAUGUACGAAUUGCUGUGUCUCUCAGAAAUCAGAAAGUCGUCAUUCCCCAGGUUCCUGAUGUCGAUGCUGUGUCUGUGGCAGAGACUGUCUCAGUGCCAGAGCUGAGCCAGUUUACACUGUGCUUCGAAGCAACCAAGGGCAGCAGCGAUGACAAUGAUGACUGGAAGGUUUUCUCCUACACCAAUGCAUUGUCAAAAGAAUUCUUCAGCUUUGGGAAGACCACAAAAGGCCAUUUUCUGUCCAUCUCAGGCACACAGUGCAUCCUUGAGAACGCAUUGCCCCAAAACACAGAGUUUUUCACAGGAACUUUUCAACAGCUCUGUGUCAUAGGGGAUAGCUUCUCGGGCAGCGUAGGCAUAUAUGCCAAAAGCACCUAUCAUGUAGCGUACUGUCCAGGUAUCUUUGGCAAAGUUAUCCCUGGAAACGGCAGGCUGGUGCUGGGCUCUAACAGCAAUGAAGUGAGCUCUCUAAAUGGGGACAUUUACAACUUCCGCCUCUGGAAUUUCACCAUGAAUGCACAAACACUGGCCAACCUCAGCUGUGAUGUGAAAGGAAACAUUAUAGACUGGGAAAAUGAAUUCUGGAGUAUUCCAACUUCAGCACUGAAAGCAGAAAACAAUUUGAGUUGUGGCUCAUACCUAAUUCCCUCUUCUGCAAUUGAACCAACCAGUUGUGCAAACCUGGGAAGCCUUUGCCAAGCUACUGUAAAUGCUACUACUCCUACACCACCCACUGUCACCACUAACAUGCCCGAUACUAAUAGAAACGAUAAGCCAAACAAUGACCUGCAGGAAUUCAGACUUCCUGCUACGGUUAUCUUCAGAAUGAAGAGAAAUUCACCUGAAUUCUCCCAUACACGACCACAGAGGUACCAAGAGUCUAAGAUAGAAGGGAUCAAAACCAUAGGAAUUAUCUCAACUCCAAUUAUUUGGCCAGUGAAACAAAGGCCUCUCCGUUUCAGUAAAAACUCAGCAGAUGAGAACCCAGAGAGAAAAAGUAUGUACAACUUUUUUCUUCCAACUAUGUCCGCAUCAGCCACUUCUGAGGAGACUGGCAAUAAUACCUUGGCUGCUUUUACAGAAAAAAUCAACCUAGAUAAUACUGUGAUGAAUCAGUUACCAAAUGAAAAUAUUUUGAAUUAUUCUAGAAGUUCAUUUCAUGGCACUUCCGAUGCAUCGGAUGCUGUUACAGAGCCUGCUAUGAAUGAAGCAAUUCCUCUUCGUCAAAGCAGAAGUCUUAAUGCAGGGGUAGCACAGACUUUGGCAGAUGGGCUGGAUCAUUCUGACUCAGAGGCAGUGUUCCGCUCUCCUGUUAGCAGCAGGAGCAGCACUGCGUAUGGACACAAAAAAGAAACUCUGUGGAUUUCGUCCCCCGACAGCAGCACAGCCAAUUUCAUGCAUGUAAGCAACAUCUUGGACCCUGCGAGUUGGUGGAAUGAGACCUUAUUUCAUCAUUAUAUCACCUCUGACAUUCAAGACAGACAUCAUUCUCUUUCUAGCUUAUCUGUAUCAGCUGCGGAGGAGAAGUCAUCAUUCCAAAGAAGGGGGCUAUUCUACAGGAUAUCAAUAACUGUCUUUACUUCCAACUCCGAUGCUACGUUGAAAGUACAUGAUGUGGUUGCAGAAUGGCUAAACCGUACUUUCCAGAACUGGAAUUACACUGUGUAUGUGGUCAAUAUCAGCAUCCACCCUGGCUCCAUAAAAGAGGGAACAAGGGAAAAGAGAAGUAUUAAAAGUUUUGGGGUUUUGGCUCUUCUGGUUUAUAAUUCUACCAACAACAUCAAUUUAGAAGAGGAAGACAUCCGACAGAAGCUCAUAAGUAAUAAUGGGACCAUGGAAGGAGGAUAUAAGCUUCAUACUGUGGACGUUGAUCCAGUGGAAAAAUGUUUAGCAGAAGAAAACCCUCCAAACUAUUUUUGGCCAGAUACCAGACCAACUGUGACCAACUUCACAUUAUGCCAUGGGAGCUCUGUUCAGACUGCAUCAAGAACCUGCUAUUUGGGUCUGCAGAAUUAUACAUCAUACUGGGGCCAGCCUGAUCUUAGAAAUUGCACAGAAAAUGCAGCUGAUAUAGCCAAUCAGCUUCUGAAUCUCACUGGUGAAGGGCAGCAGCUAACCUCAGACAAAGUAAAUGAUGUUGUGCAGAAGCUCAAAAAAAUUGUGAACGAUGAAGAAAUUGAUGAAUCUCUGGGUUCUACUGUGGUGACAAUUUUUUCCAAUAUUCUGACCAGUUCAGACAGUGUAUUGGCAGCAUCAUCUUCAGAAGCUUUAAAAACUAUCGAUGCCUUGGCUUUAAAGAUCCAGUUCACUGGACCAUCCAUGAGUAUUUCAACACGAAACCUUGCACUUGGAGUGUCUUCUAUAAACUCGACUUCAUUCAGAGGUGGUUCUUUCAGUGUCAGUCCACAGAAUAAUGCAUCUGAUUUCCAGAUAGAUUUUGACAAAGAUCAGACAAAUGCCAUCGCUUCUGUUGUUCUGCCACCAAGUUUACUGAAGAAUUUAAGUCAAGAUGAGUUUGAAGCUAUAUCCAGGGCUCAGUUUACUUUCUUCAAUAAAAAUGGUCUUUUUCAGGAUGCAGAAAAUCCUGCUGAUUUGACCAGUUUUGUGGUGGCAUGCAGUAUUGGAAACAUAACCAUUCAGGAUCUUCAGGAUUAUGUGAAGGUUACAAUUAAGCAUACCAAAAUUCAGGAAGAUCCGAAGCCUACCUGCGUCUUCUGGGAUAUGAACAAAAAUGAUGGCAAUGGUGGCUGGAACGCUGAGGGCUGCCAGGUGGACACAGAGUCCAAUGAAAAUGAGACGGUUUGCUUGUGCAACCACCUCACACACUUUGGGGUCCUAAUGGAUCUUCAGAGGACCGUUACACAAAUAGACCCACAGAAUACCAAGGUCCUCACCUUUAUCACUUACGUAGGCUGUGGGAUAUCUGCUAUAUUUUCAGCUGCAACUCUUCUGACGUAUAUUGCAUUUGAGAAGCUGCGAAGAGAUUAUCCAUCCAAAAUCCUGAUGAACUUGAGCACAGCCCUGCUCUUUCUUAACCUGAUCUUCUUACUUGAUGGCUGGAUUGCAUCCUUUGACAUAGAUGGCCUCUGCAUAGCUGUAGCUGCACUUUUGCACUUUUUUCUUCUGGCCACCUUUACAUGGAUGGGACUGGAAGCCGUUCACAUGUACAUUGCUCUGGUGAAAGUGUUCAACACGUAUAUACGGCGAUACAUACUGAAGUUUUGCAUCAUUGGCUGGGGUUUGCCAGGUCUGGUGAUAGCAAUUGUUUUUGCAAGUGCUAAUACAAAUUCCAGUCAUAUAUAUGGCAAACAGUUAUACGGCAAAGAUGCUAAUGGACAAGGAGGAGACGACUUCUGCUGGAUCAAGAAUGAAGUUGUCUUUUAUGUGACUUGUGCUGGAUACUUUGGAAUCAUGUUUCUGAUGAAUGUUGCCAUGUUUAUUGUGGUGAUGGUGCAGAUCUGUGGGAGGAAUGGGAAAAGAACUAACCGGAGCCUGAAGGAAGAGAUCCUGAGGAACCUCCGUAGCGUGAUCAGCCUGACCUUCCUCUUGGGCAUGACAUGGGGCUUUGCCUUUUUUGCCUGGGGUCCCUUAACUCUUCCUUUCCUGUACCUCUUCUCAAUUUUCAAUUCACUGCAAGGUUUGUUUAUAUUUGUAUUCCAUUGUGCCAUGAAAGAAAAUGUGCAGAAGCAAUGGAGGAGACAUCUUUGUUGUGGCAGAUUCCGACUGGCAGACAAUUCAGAUUGGAGCAAAACAGCAACCAAUAUUAUAAAGAAGAGUUCUGAUAAUCUUGGGAAAUCCCUAUCCUCUAGUUCCAUUGGCUCCAAUUCAACCUACUUAACAUCCAAAUCAAAAUCUACAACGAAUACAUAUUGCAAACGAAACAGCCAUACAGAGAAUGUUUAUCUUGACAAGCCAUCUUCAAAAUUUGCCCAAGAGGAUGGAGAACAGGCAUCAAUUAUCCCUGUCCACCAGGUUAUUGACAAGGUCAAGGGAUAUUGUAAUCCUCACUCCGACAACUUCUAUAAAAAUAUCAUCAUGUCCGACACAUUUAGUCACAGCACAAAGUUCUAACUGGACUUCUGAGUUUUUUAAACUGAAGGAAGACAGAAAGUCUUCUUGGAACUGAGAAUACUGGAUGUCAUAGAAUGUGACCUGUUUAGUUAUUUUUUCCCAGUUCAUAAUAUUCUCCUGUUAACAGCUCCCACUCAAGGACUGAUUUCUCUACCUUUUUACUGUUGUGGAAAAAGACAAUUUUUCCACCAUGGUAUUGAGCUGUUUUUAAAUGUGUGCCAGCCAACAUGAUGCCUGGACAGCUAAUUGUAAUCCUGUGUAAAUAUUUUUUAAGACUGACGAGCCACAAGCCUAUCUCUAAAUUAUAUAGUCCAGACAGAAGAGAGUCUUAACUCGUGGAGAAAAUAGCAGACAUGACAUGCAGUACAGAAAAGCUCUUAUUGAACAGUUUACUGAUGGUCUGUUUCUUUUGAAAAAUAUGUAUUUUUCCCUAUGACACUUGUUAGAUUCUUGCUUCUUGACUGUCUAGUGCUGUCUGGUUUUUAUUCAUAAGUGAAAAACCCUAACACCAGUGUUAAAGGGUUAUUUUAAACCAUUUUUCACUAAAUAGACCUAAUCAUGCAAAUCUUGCUUACCAAAAGAGUAUGUGCUGUAAAUUCAGGCUAUUUUAUAUCCAUGUACAAAGAAACACACUUACUAUGUAGACGUGCUGGCUGAGAAGGGCAUGCAGGUCGUUAGUAACUCUUGCAAAUAUUAAACCCAUUGAUAUAUAUGGAAACACAGUCAUAUGUAUUGUUUCCAUCUGGGCACAAGAAGUACACAGAUAAAUCCGAAGUUUACACGAAGUCAUGUUUCAACAUUUAUUGAUUGGUAAAAUGGGCAUCUCUCAUCACAAUUCUAUGUUUAAUAUUCUUUUUCACUAAACAAAAUAGAAGACAUGCAGCUAUAUAUAGAUGUAUAAAUAUAUACACAGGACUCUCCACAUGUUUUUAUAAUAAUGCACACAGUAAAUAUGACAGGAAACCACAAUGUGUACCACAAUCCAAGAAAAAUGAACGGUGCUAAAACUUAAGUAUUUAAAUGCAAGAUGAAUACUUUGUAAACCCAUGGGUUCAUUUGUCAGUCUCUGUACUUCAGAUAUACUGUAUGUAUAGACACCUCCAUCACAUGGCAUUGCAACAUUAGAAUAACCUGGAAUACAUUUACCAGUAAUAAAUAAAUAACAUCUUUCCGGGCCCAUAAUGUUAUCAGUAUCAGUAUUCCUCUUCUGCCCCUCUGUUGGUUGACUUGAUUGAGGUUGUUGGAGGCACAGAGUUUAAACAGCAUUUAGGCAACGUUAGAGAAUUUCGCAUUACUAUACUGUGUGCACAGUGACAUUGAGUUGUAUGUAUGCAGAGAACAGACAAGAACAUAAAAUGCUUACUUGUUUUAAUCUCUAUAAAUGUGUGACACAUUGGCAUGUGGCCAUGACUGCCAGAAGUGCAUCUCUCCUCAUGAAGCAUGUCUUGCCCCAUGACAGGUUUUACAGAAAUUGUAACUGCACAUGUUGCUGAAGGAAUAGGCCAAAACAUCAAAGGUAUUUUUAAAUACUGUUUUCAGAGGAGAGUGUUUCCUCAUGGAAGUUUUCAUUUUUGAAAAGACUUUUUUUAAACAAAAACAUUUUAGCCAGAUAUUUAUUUAUAGUACUCAGAAGGGACCAGAAAGUUGUGCUGAGAUUUUUCAGUUGCCAAGCAGGUGGAUGUUCUAGUGAUUAGGGAUGUGGAUUUGUGCCUCUCUUUGCUCUUUGCAUGUGCUUUUGCGUGCAGAGAUCAUUUAAUGCUGUGACCGCACAAAUGGCAUAUUUUCCCUGGCUGCAAACACCUGGUGGGAGGAGGAUGCCCUGAUGGUGUUCUGUCCAAAAACACUGCCGUCACUACACAGACCUUAAUGAAACCUCAUUCUCAUAACUGCAAAUACUUACAUGGUGAUAUGAAUGAAAGUCAACCUGAUUCACUUAAAAUCUAAUUAUUAGCAGGGAUGAGUGUUGUCAGAUAUCUUUAAUAAGGGAAAUGAUUUAGGGAGAGAUUAUGUACAAGCAUUUACUGAACUUUUAUCAUCCCACUUGCUUACCUGCUGUAGAUAAUAGUGUUCACAUAGCAGCUUACUGUGAGAUUUCUACCUGAUUAAGGUGUUCAGAAGUGAAGAGAAGGAUAACCAAACAUUCCUGGAAAAAUGAGGAAUCAAUAAAAUGUAACAGAUCAGUAAAAUAUAAAUAAAAAGCAAACAUCGUAUCCUGGCUGAAGCUGAACUGUAACCUACCAGUUUAAUGUAUAGCUACCUAUAUUUUUGCUGAAUUAAGAUUUUUUUCUCUUUCUUUUUUUACUACCAUGUAGUAAUCUUAAACUGUGUCAGUUAGAUGCUCUUGAAUGCUCUCAAUUCUACAAUGUAAUAUUCUACUUUGUAGUUGACAUGCUGUAACCUCCCUUGUAUAUAUUUAUUUAUUUGUGAGGUUAAAUAUGUCAAAUAUAUUUAGCUCUAUAAUGACUGUUCUUGUACUUUAAAACUGAGCUUCUGCUUCAUCAUAGAAGAAGAGGGAAAGAAUAAUUUCUUAUAUAUGUUUUUUCCAAACACCUUGUGAAACAAUUUACUGUAGUUCUAUCUUUUAUAAGUGUGAGGAAACAUGUCAGUGUGAUUUGUAAUAUUAGUCAGUGGAAUAUAGUGUAACAGGUUUGAAGAUGGGCUAAAGUGGAAAGAAACAUUUUCAAGCAAACAUUCUUGAUGUUAGUGUUCCAAGUAAUUAAAGUCUUUUAAUAGUGAAUGGUUGAUUUUUAUUUUUUUUUUUUUCCUUUUUAGUGUUUAAUGGCAAAAAUUACUCAGUGUAAUUCUGGAAAAUAAUCUUCUGUUUAUUAAGUAUGUGAGACAGGUACAUGCCUAGCCAAAAUGUUGGAAAUAAAUGUGCAAGACUAACUCCAUCUCAUCGGAGGAAUGCA